UCUCAGCACUGUCGCCCGCCAGCCUCUCGCGCGCAGAAGCUGCCGCUAGCACCCGUGCCCACCUCGUCCAUCACCCAGCCCCCCGCCUGCUACAGGACAUCAUGUGCUGGCCCCUGCUGCUGGCCCUGCUGGCCCUGCUGGCCUUGGGCCCCGCCCUGCCCCAGGAAUGUGCCAAGUACAAGGUCAGCACCUGCCGGGACUGCGUGGAGUCGGGGCCCAGCUGCGCCUGGUGCCAGAAGCUGAACUUCACAGGGCCCGGGGAGCCUGACUCUGCCCGCUGUGACACCCGGGAGCAGCUGCGGCUGAAAGGCUGCCCCAUUGAUGACAUCAUGAACCCCACCAGCCUGGCCGAGCCUCAGGAGAACCGGCAGCAGGACCGGCAGCAGCUGUCCCCACCCAGGGUGACGCUGUACCUGAGGCCAGGCCAGGCAGCAGCCUUCAACGUGACGUUCCGGCGUGCCAAGGGCUACCCCAUCGACCUGUACUACCUAAUGGACCUGUCCUACUCCAUGAAAGAUGACCUUGACAAAGUCAAGAAGCUGGGGGGCGACCUGCUGCAGGCGCUCAACGACAUCACAGAGUCGGGCCGCAUCGGCUUUGGCUCCUUCGUGGACAAGACAGUGCUCCCCUUUGUCAACACACACCCCGAGAAGCUGCGGAACCCGUGCCCCAAAAAGGAGGAGAACUGCCAGGCUCCCUUUGCCUUCAGGCACGUGCUGAAGCUCACCGACAACUCCCAGCAGUUCCAGACCGAGGUGGGCAAGCAGAAAAUCUCCGGGAACCUCGACGCCCCCGAGGGCGGGCUGGACGCCAUGAUGCAAGUGGCUGCUUGCCCGGAGGAGAUUGGCUGGCGCAACGUCACGCGGCUGCUGGUGUUUGCCACAGACGACGGCUUCCACUUUGCCGGGGAUGGGAAGCUGGGGGCCAUCCUGACCCCCAACGAUGGCCUCUGUCACCUGGAGGACAGCCUGUAUAAGAGGAGCAACGAGUUUGACUACCCAUCGGUCGGCCAGCUGGCACACAAGUUGGCAGAGAGCAACAUCCAGCCCAUCUUCGCCGUGACCCAGAGGAUGGUGAAGACCUACGAGAAACUCACGGAGAUCAUCCCCAAGUCUGCAGUCGGGGAGCUGUCACAGGACUCCAGCAACGUGGUUCAGCUUAUCAAGAACGCCUACUACAAACUGUCCUCGCGGGUUUUCCUGGAGCACAGCACCCUGCCCAACACCCUGAGGGUCACCUACGACUCCUUCUGCAGCAGAGGCGCCCCCAAGGUGGACCAGCCCCGGGGAGACUGCGACGGGGUCCAGAUCAACAUCCCGAUCACCUUCCAGGUGAAGGUUACGGCCUCAGAGUGUGUGUCGGAGCAGUCGUUUGUCAUCCGGGCGCUGGGCUUCACGGAUACGGUGACGGUGCGCGUCCUGCCGCAGUGUGAAUGCCACUGCCCAGACCGCAGCCGUGACCGCCACCUCUGCAGCAACAAGGGCUCCCUGGAGUGCGGAGUCUGCAGGUGUGACGAAGGCUACAUCGGCCAGAGCUGCGAGUGCAGCACGCAGGGCCGGAGCAGUCAGGAGCUGGAGGGCCGCUGCCGCAAGGACAACAGCUCCGUGGUGUGCUCGGGCCUGGGCGACUGCGUGUGCGGGCAGUGCGUGUGCCACGCCAGCGACAUCCCAGAUCGCCAGGUCUACGGGCAGUUCUGCGAGUGCGACAACUUCAACUGCGAGCGCUACAAGGGCCAAGUGUGCGGUGGCGAAGGCCGCGGCCGUUGCUUCUGCGGCCAGUGCAAGUGCGAGCCGGGCUUCGAGGGCUCGGCCUGCCAGUGCCUCACCUCCACCCAGGGCUGCGUGGACGUGGGCGGCAGCGGCGCCGUGUGCAGCGGCCGCGGCCGGUGCGAGUGCAACAGGUGCCAGUGCGACGCCGGCUACCAGCCGCGACUAUGCAAGGACUGUCCAGGCUGCCCCUCGCCCUGCCCGCUUUACGUCUCGUGCGCAGAGUGCCUGCGCUUUGGCCAGGGCCCGCUGGCCAAGAACUGCAGUCGCGCAUGCGGGGGCUUGCGGCUGCGGAACCUCACGGCCCCGGGCCGCCGCUGCAAGGAGCAGGAUUCAGAGGGCUGCUGGCUGUCCUAUACCAUGCUGCAGCGCGACGGCCACGAACAGUACGACCUGCAGGUGGAAGAGACCCGAGAGUGCCCACAGGGCCCCAAUGUCGCAGCCAUCGUCGGGGGCACCUUGGCGGGAGUGGUGCUUAUCGGUGUCCUCCUGCUGGUCAUCUGGAAGGCGCUAACGCACCUGAGUGACCUGCGCGAGUACAGGCGCUUUGAGAAGGAAAAGCUCAAGUCCCAGUGGAACAACGAUAACCCCCUUUUCAGGAGUGCCACCACAACAGUCGUGAAUCCCAAGUUUGCAGACAGUUAGGGCCUGAUGGAGACCCCCCCAGAUGUGACCAACCAAACCUCACCCAUCAGGCUGACUGGGAACACCACAUGACUCCAGAGAUGCACAAUUUCUCGCUGAAGUGACCCAUGUGCAGCAUGAAGACAGUUCUGGGACAGCGACAGAGCCUGGAGGGUGGGGGUGCUUAGGGCUGGGGCUGCAGGGAGCACUAGCCGCCAGUGCUGUCCUUCCAGCAAGAAUAAACUCGC